AGGAUUCGGGUCCUCGUGAGGAGCAGUCCAGGCGACAGCGUUCCAGCCUAAUACGCCUCUCUCGCCCGCUGGGGACAAGACGGGCUGGGGAAAGAAUCUGCUCUUCGGCGGCUAUCGCAGUGCCUUGGAACGCGGCCGGAAUCCGCACACACCCGCCCCGGAAGUGAGCGGCUCCCGGCGCGGGGCAUUGUGGGGGGCGUAGUCUCUUUCUCAGGCGGUCCUUCGCGGCGUCCCCGGGGCCCACUCCCGAGCGCAGGCGGGCAGCUAGGCGGGCGGCGCGGCGCGGGCCGGCAGGAAGCGUAUUCUGGGCACGGGGCGCCGGGCGGGCCGGCUGCGCCGAGCGGCAGUGGUGGGAUACCACCCAAGGCCUCGCGCGGCGCCGCCCGUCGAGGGGCGGGCGGCGGCGGAGCCACUGGGCCGUCGAAGGGCGCAGGAGGCCGGUGGGCCGGGCCGGGCCGCGCGGCGCAGCCAUGCCUGGCUUUACGUGCUGCGUGCCAGGCUGCUACAACAACUCGCACCGGGACAAGGCGCUGCACUUCUACACGUUUCCAAAGGACGCUGAGUUGCGGCGCCUCUGGCUCAAGAACGUGUCGCGUGCCGGCGUCAGUGGGUGCUUCUCCACCUUCCAGCCCACCACAGGCCACCGUCUCUGCAGCGUUCACUUCCAGGGCGGCCGCAAGACCUACACGGUACGCGUCCCCACCAUCUUCCCGCUGCGCGGCGUCAAUGAGCGCAAAGUAGCGCGCAGACCCGCUGGGGCCGCGGCCGCCCGCCGCAGGCAGCAGCAGCAACAACAGCAGCAACAGCAGCAGCAGCAACAGCAGCAGCAGUCAUCACCUUCUGCCUCCACUGCCCAGACUGCCCAGCUGCAGCCCAACCUGGUGUCUGCUUCCGCGGCCGUGCUUCUCACCCUUCAGGCCGCUGUAGACAGCAGUCAGGCUCCGGAAUCCGUGCCGCCGGCGCCCAUCACUCCCACUGGAGAAGACGUGAAGCCCAUCGAUCUUACAGUGCAAGUGGAGUUUGCAGCCGCAGAGGGCGCAGCCGCUGCGGCCGCCGCGUCGGAGUUACAGGCUGCUACCGCAGGGCUGGAGGCUGCCGAGUGCCCUAUGGGCCCCCAGUUGGUGGUGGUAGGGGAAGAGGGCUUCCCUGAUACUGGCUCCGACCAUUCGUACUCCUUGUCGUCAGGCACCACGGAGGAGGAGCUCCUGCGCAAGCUGAAUGAGCAGCGGGACAUCCUGGCGCUGAUGGAAGUGAAGAUGAAAGAGAUGAAAGGCAGCAUUCGCCACCUGCGUCUCACCGAGGCCAAGCUGCGCGAAGAACUGCGUGAGAAGGAUCGGCUGCUUGCCAUGGCUGUCAUCCGCAAGAAGCACGGAAUGUGAACUGGUGCCCCAGCAGCCUGCUGGACUCCCAGACCCCAUCCAGCCAGGGGACCGCAGGCCAUUGUUGAACUCCUCUAUACUCCUGGGGCACUGAUUGACAGUACUGAGGCUUAAGGCAGCUGGACUCUCUUGCUGGUGACCUGGCAUCCUCAAUUGUUUCCUCCUGAAGUGGAAGCUGGGGCCUUAGACUCUGCCCUGGUGACACCAGCAAUGAUGACUUUGUCUACCCUUCCUCCCCAAUUAUUGUUGCAGAUUCUGGUUAAGCAGAGGCUUCAGAACCACUGAACUUGAAACUUACCCUCUAGGGAUGCAGGUGGGAUGUCCAGGGACUAUGGGUUUGGGAAAACCAUACCUUAAGGUUGGUCAGCAGUCAGAUAACUCUAAUGUGUGUAGUGAUAAGAGAUUCAAGUAACAUCAGUUCUCCUCCUGUUCAUGCUUUUCCUUCCCAGGUGCAGCCUGUGAUUCUGAUGGGGACUGGUAAAUCUGUGCCUCUGCCUCCUAGGACUUAUUUUCCCAGGAGGCCAUUUACAAGGGGAUCUGGAUGACCUGCUGAUGGAGAUCCAGCUUGCCAGGGACUUAGGUUUAUCCUGUUUUGUUUGCUACUGGUUACAAAUUCUAUUUUCUGUACAAUUAGUCAGACUAAAGUUUUCACUGUGUUUGGCAAAACAAAUUAAACAAAAAGUAAGGUUUUUA